UUUUCGGUUUAUUAGGAUUCGUUUAGAUUUUUUUUGUUGGUUUCUUUUUAUUGUUCCUUUAAUUAAUUAGUUUAAAUUUAUUAUUAUUAUUUAAUUUUAUCUCAUCGACAAUUAAUCAAAUAUUAUGACUCUCGUUGAGAGUAAUGCAGCUAUUAAUCAGCUUCUUGAACAAUGGGAACAUGAUUAUCUUGGUAACAAUACGAAUGGUAGUCCGGUUGGUAUCAUUAAAAGAAUGUCGGAGAUAAUUGAAGAAUGUACCGAAGCCUAUUUGAAGACUGAUCCUGAUCCAUUUGAUGAUCGUCAUCCAUGUAGAGCAAGACCAGACUGUGCCCUUGGUUUGGUGUUGAAAAAUCUAUUCAAAAAUGAUGAAUUUAUGAAUAAGUUGGUCAAUAAUUAUCUCAUGCACAGAGACGACAUUGAACUUCAAACACAUGCUUGUCGGCUCGUGCUCGAUAUCCUUCCUGGCCUGGACACUUCAGUUGUUUUCAAAGAAAAUGAAGGUUUAGUCACUAAGUUAUAUGAUCUGGUUAGACAUGCUAAAGAACCAUUGAAAUCUUAUGCUACUGGUCUACUUGCUGCAGCUUUAGAUGUUCAAGAUAUUGCUGUUGAAAAUAAAGAUGCUAACAUGCAAUUGGUACCCAUCAUGUUACAGAGAUUAAAUGAACUUCGAACUGAAAGUAGUAAACGUGAAUCAAUUGGAAAUAAUGAGAACGAUGAAUCAUCUAAUUCACUAAAUACCAGCUAUGGUAGUAAUAAAUCAAAUAAAAGUAAUGAGGCAAAUGGUUUUGGAGGUGUUAAACUUGCUGGUGCCGGGAGUACUGUGGGUGGUGGUAAUAGUAGCACUAGCAGUGGUAUUACUGUUAGAGAACAGUUUAAAACAAUUAAACGUGGACAUGAGGGAACAGUUAAAUCACCAUCAUCUUUAAAACGUCGUCGUGUCUCAUCACCAUUGAAUAUAAUGUCACCCUCAACGGUAAACAGUGAAUGUUCAAAUAGUAGCUGGGCCGAUAUUGAACCUUAUAUGAUUGGAUCAUUUCAAAUGUAUCCAUUAACUCCUGAAAUGCAACAAAGAUUCAUUUUUCAAUAUUUAACUCCCCUUGGAGAUUAUCAAGAAAUAUUAGUCCAUGUGUUUGCCAAUGAUGCUCUAUCAAUUAUCAAGCAUUAUAUUAAUUUGGACAAAAAUCGAGAUGUAAGGGUUGCCUUUGAAGCUCUUAAAUAUUUAUCAUCGUUACUUUGCCAUAAAAAAUUUGCCAUAGAGUUUCUCAAUGGUGGUGGCCUUGAAUUACUAUUACAAGUUUACCGACCCUCAGUUGCGGCCACCGGUGUUUCGAUUUGUCUUUAUUAUCUAGGCUACAAUGAAGAUGCUAUGGAAAAGAUUUGUGUUCUUCCUCGUCAAAUUCUUGCUGAUCUGGUUUCUUAUGCUCUCUGGUUAAUGGAAUAUUCUCAUGAUUCGAGUCGAUGUCACGCGACAAUGUUUUUCGGUCUAACUUUUGCCUUUCGAAUUAUUUUAGACCUAUUUGACCAAUCAGAUGGACUUCGAAAGUUACUCAAUGUGAUAUAUUUACUAGAUAUUUUUUCUGAUUUAGUCAAUUCAACUGAUGAUGAGCUUUUCACUAAACGUCAAACUGCUCGGCAAGUUUGCCUUGCAUUGAAACGUUACUUUGAAGCUCAUCUUGUCAUCGAAGUUGAAAAUAUCCGUCGAUCUCCUUUACCAGGUUCAAAUUCAUCUCAAUCAAGUGUAAAAAGUCAUUCAAGUAAUAACAUGCCCUCUUAUAAGGCUGCUCAUUAUACUAGUGAUACAAUUCACGAAUAUGUUGAAAGUUUACUCGAAAUGAUGCCUUAUCAAAGUAAUUGGAAACCUGUUGAUGAUCUUUUAAAACUUGGUGGUCUUAAACUGUUAAUCUCUUUAAUUAGCAAUUCAUCUGAUUGGGUUUACACUGGUAAAUCUGAGACUAUAAAAAGUGCUCUUGAUGUUCUAGUUGUCUGUUCAGUUACACAUAAAUUUCAAGAAGCUUUAACAGAAAAUAUCACUUUAUCAGAUGAAAGAAAUGUACCAAUUAUCAGUGUUAUCUUAGCAGCCGCUGCUGAAUCAGAUUUUUCCGGCGCAAUGAUUGAUGCUGAAGUAAAAAAAUCCGCCUUACAUGUAAUUAUUAAUUGUGUUUGUGGUCCAGGUAAUAGGAUUGGUGAUACAAUUGCCCGACUUUGUUUUGGUAGUUCAAAGAAACGAUCAACUCGUACCGGUGAGGAUGUACUAAACAAAAUGUGGACCGUUAUAAGAUCCAACAAUGGGAUAAUGAUUUUAUUAAACCUUUUAACAAUUAAAACACCAAUUACCGAUGCUGAUUGUAUCCGUGCACUUGCCUGUAAAGCUCUAUGUGGUUUGGCUCGUAGUGAAACAGUUAAACAAAUAAUAUCUAAAUUAACUUUAUUCACUUCUGGUCAACUUCAAAAUUUAAUGAAAGAACCCAUUUUACAGGAUAAGAGAGCUGAACAUGUUAAAUUUUGUAAAUAUUGUAUCCAAUUAAUUGAAAGUGUUACCGGUGCUCCAAUAUCUGCAAAUAUCGAUGCCUCCCUGGCCAAUGUUCAUAAAGCUGAAGUUGUUGCCCAAACCCGAAUUAUUUACAAUGAGAAAGAGCUGUUACAAUUAAUUCAUCAACAUUUAAUCAGUAAAGGUCUUACCAAAACCGCUAAUCAGCUAAUCCAAGAAGCUAGUCUACCCACUCCUGCUUUAACAACACCAAGUCGAUCAUCAAUUUUUGCCACUUCUCCUCUUUCAUCAAAAACACCUCGAGCCAUCACUUCCUCUUCCUCUGUGACACCUUCAACAUCAUCAUUGGCUCAUCCAUCAACUUCCUUCUCGUCAACAACAACAACAACAACAACCACAACAAACACUAACAAUCUUACAAUCAAUAAUUCUAAUAAUACUAAUCCUAAUCCUAAUCCUAAUAUCAAAGCUAAUUCAUCACAUUCCUCUUCCUUUUCAACUCCAUCUACAUCAACUUGUGGGACUCAUAAUAAUAACAAUAAUAAUAACAAUAAGGGUAAUAAUAUAAUCACAACUCCAACAACAUACGCAUCACCAUCAAGUAACAAAUCAACAUUAGCUCAAUCAUCAUCAAACAGUAUAUCAGUAAAAAUUAAUCGUCCAUCAACCAAUAGCACCAAAAAUUUAUCUCUAUCAUCUCGUAAUCCGGUUCGUCAAAAACCUCAACAAGGUGCCUAUCAACCCUCACCGGUAAUGAAGCGACUCGGUGAAUCACAUCAUCAUCAACCAAUACCUUCAGUUACUCUAAAUUCAAUUGUUACAGAUUAUUUAAGAAAACAACACGCUAAUUGUAAAAAUCCUGUUGUAACUUGUCCACCUUUUGACCUUUUUGUACCUCAUCGUUGUCCCGAGCCACUUAAUCGUGCAACCGCACCAUUGAACAUUUCCCUUCGUUGUCAGAAACGUGAGAUUGCACCUCGAUUUGGUGGAAUGUAUGGUAACAAAUUUGAUCGUAAAUUUAUCUACAGUCGUUUUAGACCAGUUCGAACUUAUAGAGAUGUCGAAGGUGGAUCGGGUUUCACUUCUUGUGCCUUCUCAUAUGUUGAUCAAUUUUUAUUCCUUGGUACCGUUACCGGUGAUCUUACAGUUUUCAAUUUACAUCCUGGUACAUUGGAAGCAACUUAUUCUUGUCAUGAUUCAGAUUUGACUUUUAUUGAACCUUCUCGAGAUGGUAAACUAAUACUCACUGGUUCCAUGUCUCUGAGAAAUCCACUCUCAGCUUUAUGGAGGUUUACCGAUGUUUUCGAUAAGCGAUUAGAUUUUCCUGAAGAUAAUUACUGUGAAUUUAGUAAAUCGGUUCAAGAUAAAAUUCUAGGUACAUUCAAUUUUGCUGCUAAUCUUUAUGAUCUUGCCACUGGUGUUAAGAUUCACACUUUUGAAGAUGAAAAUUUAUCCAACAAUUAUACGCGAAAUCGAGCUACAUUUAAUCAAACCGAUGAACUAAUCCUAAAUGAUGGUGUUCUAUGGGAUGUAAGGUCAACUUCUCCUGUUCAUAAAUUUGAUAAAUUUAAUCAAUCAAUUAACGGUGUUUUCCAUCCAAAUGGUUGGGAGAUUAUUUCCAAUUCUGAGGUUUGGGAUAUUAGAAGUUAUCAUUUGGUUAAAACGGUUCCCGAUCUUGACCAGUGUAGAAUUAAAUUCAAUAAAACUGGCGAUGUAAUUUAUGGAGCCAUGUUUGAAGAAGAAGGUCCUGAAGAAGAUGAGACCCAGCGAAGUCCUUAUGGAUCAUCUUUCCGUACUUUCGAUGCCACAGAUUAUUCCAACAUUGUUACCAUUGAUGUUAAGAAAAAUAUAUGUGAUCUUGCCGUUGAUCCAGGAGAUAAUUUUGUCGCCGUUGUUGAAUAUCAGCGAGAGGCUAUUAUGACUCUUGGUAGUUCGGAAACUGCUUGUAGACUUUACGAGGUGGGUCGAUGUAAAGAGGAAGAUGAUGAGGAAGCUGAAGAAGAGGAAGAAGAAGGUGAAGAUAUUGAAGAUGAUUCAGAUGAUGGUGAACUUGACCACGAUAAUACUGAUGAAAUUGCACCAGAUGAUGGAUCGGAUGAUCUUGAGCUUGAAUUGGGCAUGGAAAUAAAUCCUGACGAUACCGAUGAUGAAUCAGAUGAUGACGAUGACGAAUCAGAUGAAUCGGAUGAUGAUCGUGAAGGAGGAAAUGAUGAUGAUGAUUUCGAAGAAUACGGUGGUAUAGCUUCUCCCGAUUCUGAUGAAUCAGCUGAUGUUAUUUAUAUUUAAACCAAUCCAACGAGAAGGAAAAUUACCAAUGGUAUGCGUAGAUUAUCACGAAUUUUACAAUCCAUUUGUGUUAACAAAAGAAAAGAGAAUCGGAGAAAAGGACAUCUUUUUUUUUCUUCUGUAGAACUUGAAACAAAUGAAGAAAUUUGUCACCAGCACUUUGCCUUCUCACUUCAAACAAAAUCCUUUUCUCUCAAUCAUUAUGACGAUGAAAAACUGGACUCAUGUGUUCACCGAUUUACACCCAUUUACCAUGGAUGAAAAUUAUCUUCUUGUGAUGUCUCUCUUUCCUGUCGAAUCCAUGUCUUCCCAAUGGUCAUUUACUCUCCAUGUCCAGGUUUGGUUCGAUCAGAUGAUAUUCUGAUUUGUUAAAUCCCAAUUCGUGAACUAAUAAUCAGAAUUAAUAAUUGUCCGGUUAUCCAGGGCAAUUUGAUCCAUUUAGUUUCUCUCUCUUUUUUUUGCUAUAUUUUUGUUAUAAAUAAUCUUUUCCUCUUUCUCUCACUCUUUACAUCUUUAUCUUUAUCUUUUCCCCUUGAAAUUUCCUUUGUUUCGUACAUUGUUGUCACAAAGGAAAGGUCCAAAUUUACCACCAUACAGAACAAAGAAAAUAUAAUAAUUUGUUUCCACUUCAA